UCUCUAGGAUUAAAAAUGUCAGAACGAAUUGAAAUUCCUUAAAAAAUAAAUUCGAGUGAGUGACAUGUUUCUGAUAAAUUUUUCCGCUGUAAAAUAUGGCGGCAAAUCAGAAAUUUCCCAAAAGUCCCCUGAAUAUAAUUUUAAAAUGUGAAACUAACCCGGUUUAUCCACCAGACAAAACUAGUGAAGUCUCAAAGUAUACAGAGUGAAAGUAAGAUUAAAAAGUGAAAGUGAUACUAACUGAAAAAUAUAAUCUUAAAAAAUUAAAUUAAAAGACUUAAGAAGGAUGUUCCUCUCACAAAAUUUACUAAUGUCAAUCAAGGAAUAAGAGUGAUUAAAAAGGAUGGAUCAAAAUCGGCGGAGCUCCGCCUCGGAUUUCUUCUCACGGCGUGAAUCUAAUUCUCUAUUCCAGUCUAUGCGCCGUUACUCCGCCACUACAAUAUUCGGUAGAACAGUUGACAAACCGCCAAGCAAAGGGCGUCGAUUUAGUGUGCAACCCGCCACACCUACUCAUCCGCCCCUCGACAAUAAACGACCAUCCGCCUCCUAUCCGCCCCUGAACCCUCAUCAUACGCCAAAUAAGAGGGCGGAGAAAUGGAAGAGUUUGGCGAGGGCGGUUCUUGGGAACGUAGAGGAAAAGAUGGAGGAACCGAAUCCCUCCAACCCGUCCGAUCAAACAAAUCCCUCCGAUCCCUCUAAUCAAACAAAUCCCUCCGAUCCCUCUAAUAUAUCAGAUCCAUCCAAUCUGAUCAAUCCAUCCUUAACAUCUUUGGAGUCCCCCGCCUUCCGAGGAACCCCAGGAUUCCAGGUUAAGAGAACACCCACCAGAAAAUUUUCCGGAACCUGGUUGCAGAAUGUGAGAAGGUUUUCCCAAAGUAGGCUGAACAGGUCACAUGAGAAGGAUGAGAAGGAAGAGGAGCAGAAAAAUAAUGAUGAAAGGUUGGAGCUCAGAGAAGAUCAAUCAAACGAUGCUAGAAUCGGAUCUAUUGACAAGCUCACAAAUCCCGGUUUGGAAACCUGGGUUGGAAGUGAACCCAACCGGUCACUUGACACCCUUCCAGCAAAUGACUGGAUGUUGAUCAAUGACCGAGCAGAAAAAGAUGGGUCUUCAUCAAAUUUGUCAACUGAAAAUCAUGAAACUAAGAACUGUGAUAGCUCAACGAAGGAAAAGACCGCCAUGGUGACGUCAGAGAAAGAAAAAAAUGAUCUUCUGAUCAUUUCAGAGAAAGACAUUGUUGAAAGAGCCCUUCAGGAGCGUGGAUAUCGUGUCCGUGAACUGGUUGAGAGUGAACAAGAUUAUGUAUCCGACCUGGCUCAAUGUAUCCAGUAUAUCAAGUAUAUGCGGGAGAGUAAGGAGGAGGAAAACCCGGAGAUUCCAAUGCCGGAGGAUUUAAAGCAGGGGAAGGACAGGAUGAUCUUCGGGAACCUGGAGAACAUAUACGAGUGGCACAGGGAUUAUUUCUGUAAGAAUAUGGUAGAGUCUGCUGAGAGACCUGGGGACCUGGGGAACCUCUUCAAGAAGAGUGAGAGAAGGUUGCAGAUGUAUGUGGUGUACUGUCAAAAUAAACCUAAAUCUGAACAUAUUGUUUCAGAGUACAUAGAUACGUAUUUCGAGGAAUUGCGACUGAAAUUAGGUUUUAAACUACGACUGACAGAUCUUUUGAUAAAACCUAUUCAACGCCUAACAAAGUAUCAUAUGCUCCUGGAGGCCAUUCUUAAAUACUCGCUACGUGCCAACUUGAGCGUAGAAGCACGCGCACUAGAGCAAGCGUUUCAUGUAAUGACCGUUGUUCCAAACCAGGCCAAUGAUAUGAUGGAUAUAGGUCGUCUUCAAGGAUUUGAGGGAAAGAUAGUGGCUCAGGGUAAACUACUUCUCCGAGGUCCUUUACUGUGUGCCGAGGAUCCAGGUCCUAAUUCCAGGUUUAAGGAGAUGACCGUCUUCUUGUUCGAGCAGAUCAUCAUCUUCUCAGAAACUGUCGGGAAGAAAACACAGUUUACUAGUCCAGUGUACAUAUACAGGGCUCAUAUACAGGUCAACAAAAUGUACGUUGAGGAAAGAAUAGAAAAUGAUCUAGAGAGAAGAUUGUUUAGCGUACAAAGUACAGACCCGGUGCGACCCGCCAUCAUGUACUUGUGCCAGGCAGAGGACGGGCCAGGUUGGGACAAAUGGACAAGUUGUCUUCGUCGCCAGCUUCAGACCCAGCUCGACUUUUUAAAGGCUCUCCAAGCCCCAAUAGCUUACCAUAAUAGCCUGUCAAAACAGUUUUCUCUGUCAGAUUUAAACGAGCAUUGGGACGUGAACUCCCACCAUAGAUCUGUUUCAGGGAGUGUGCUCUCCUAUCCUGAGCAUCUACAUUUAGGUGAUUCCGUAGACCGAGCUUUAUCUCUCCCUGGAUCUCCAUUAUCCCUACUCGGAUCCUCCAUUAUAAAACAAAAUGGCGGAGUAGAAAAAUCCUCGAGCAUGAAAAAAUCCACGCUUCCCCGCCCAAAGAAAGCCAGAGCCAAUUCAAUCACCACAAUUUCUUUAGGUAAAAUAGGGUUUCUUGACACAUUAAGACGAGGGAAACUGAAUAGAAGUGGAGAUAAUCUUCUUGUUAAAGGGAAGGAAGGUGUGAGCAGAGUUUCCUCAACUGAAGAGGACGGAAGUCCUAAGGCUAGUAGAAAAGAGAAAGGAUGGGAUCCGUUAGCAAGGAGAUGGUCUGAGGUUUCAUACACAGCUCAACCAUUGAUGCUGGAUAGAGGAGGAGAGAGUCCUGAACUACGGUUAGAAGAGGCAGAAGAGGGGAACAGUGGAGAGGAGAGGGAGGAAGGAGGGAAAGUGGAGAAUAAGAAGAAGGGGCGAGGAAAUGGAGAGGAGAGGGGGUUGGAUGGAUUGUUUCUCGCUGGAACUAAAGCUACUGUGCUGGUCAACUUCAGAGCUGUGAAGAUAGAAGAGUUGAGUGUAGUGCGAGGUGAGAUAGUUACAAUUGUAUGCUCUCGUCUAUCGAAGGGAUAUCUAGUCACUAAGGAGGAGGAGAAGGGGAGAGGUUGGAUACCUUCCUAUACACUUCAUCUUCAGACCAGGAGCCCAUCCAAACCUAACCAUUGGGGGUUCAAGGUUAGGGGGGUUCAGGGGCUUCAGGGAGUUCAAGGUCUUCAAGGGGUUCUAGGAGGAUCACACCAGGAUACACUUGAUGAAACCUUUAAUGGAGUAACUGUGCUCAUCGAAGAGAAUGGAAUGAAAUCUGGACCAGGAAGCAUCCUACCUGGAGUUCAGGCUAAACCUGAUAAAACCGUCCGACGAGGUUCUGUUUCUCCAGUACCCGGAGAAGUAUACAAGGAUAGGCCUCCUAAACAUUGUCUAAUGGCGACCAAAUCUAAAUCCUUCUCCUCCCAACCUGAUGUUUAUAGAAACGGGUUUUUCUUCCCAAAAUCUUCUCCAGGCAAGGAUUCAUCCGGAUAUCUUGCUCGAGUACUAGAACCUGAACCCGGAGACGAAACUGGACCCGAACCUAGAGCAACAUUAAACCUUAUUCUGGAUUCCAAGGACCCAGGUGCUAGUGAACCAGCAGGAGUAAAGGGGUUAAAAACUUCUAAACACGAAGACUUAGUAAACCAUGACAGUCUUGAAUUACAUGAAAAUUCUUCGUCAGCUCACACUAAAGACAAUGACAGUGAAGCUAUGGAAGAAAGAACUGACAAGGUUGAUUCGGACUUUGAAACAGAUAAAAAUGUCAACCUUGAGGCAAGUGUUUAUGUCAGACCAGAUCUCGAGACUAAAAAUGUUGAUGAGCCGUCUCCGAAACGGUUUACAGCUUCUCUAAAUGUUUGCAUAAAGCCUAGAUAAAUCUAGAAUGUUUAUAUUAAAAUUUUACAUUUGUCGUGAAGAAAUAUAAAUAUAUGAAUGUUUACACUCA